AUGUCUAAUAAAACGUAUAACGAUCUUCUUUGUAAUACGUCGGAGUUAAUCGUUGAAGCGACACAAGCUGACGAAGCGGUUUAUGAAGCGGGUAGCGCUGAGAGAUCAACGUUCCAGCCGCUGUUAUCGGAGUUACGAAUUAGGUACACAGUGCUACUAUCAAGACUUGAUGCAGUAUACGAUCAACUGUUGCAGCCACAAAAGCGCUUGAUUGUGAAACGGUUGCUCGAAGCUUGUUUAGGAAGACUUUUGGAAAUAAAGCAUGAACUAGUAGAGCUUCACUUAUCUGAUUAUACUUAUGACGAUGAUGAGGCAUUGGUCAGAUUAGGAGUUACUCCUCAUGAAGCGGAGCCAUGUAUUCCACAAUAUUUUGUACGAGAAAGAGAAGAAGAAGUAGAGAGACGUCACAAUUUUAUCACAGAUACGUUGAGAAAACUUGGUUACGAGCCCCCAAGAGCCAAGCCCUUGGUGCUCACUGAACAGCAAGCUGUGAUAAUUAUACAAAGUCAUGAAAGAGCGAGGCAGGGUCGUUUAAGAGGUCAAUUUAUGAAAGAAAUUCGUCUUCUAAAAGAGAAAGGUCGCGAUCAAAAAGGUGAAAUGUCAUCAUCAGCAGCAACUGCUAUCCAAAGAGUUUGGAGAGGAUUCAUUGCUAGACGAGACACUCGGAAGAGAAAAAAAGAAGAACAACUUUUGAUUGGAAUGGCACUUCCAGCAUAUUCUGAGUCUAAAGCUGUGGCAAGAUCUGAGGAGGUAAAACAGAUUCGACGCAAUCUUCAGAAAGAACGGGAAAUUAAGUUCCAAGAUGCUUUAGUGAAAAUUGAAGAGCAACUUCGAGCUCAACAUGGAGUGAAGAUCAAUGAGCGUAUAGCCGAUGAAUUACGACGAUGGAUAUCAGAGUACUAUGAAAGAACUGGUAAAUUACCAGAAUUUCCUUCGGAGGAAGGUGGAGGUAGCAGAGCCAUGUUCAGCAGACAAGGAAUUGAUAGUGAUCUUAGUAAAUCCUCUCCUGUAUCUUCAAAAGAUUCAAAAAAGAGUAAAGAAAGUAAAGAUAAAAAGAAUAAUAAGGCAGAAGAGAAUAAAAAUAAAGACGAAGCAGAUGAUUUGAAGAAUUUUAAAUGCACAUCGUCAGCUUUUCUUCAAGACAUGGUUAAUGCAAAUGAAGAGUAUGAAGACAUAUGGAAAUAUAGAGAUGAUGAGGUCAUACAGCACGAAGAAUAUGACAAAGAUAUGAUAGAAAGAGAUAAAAUGUUAAAAAUAGAGCAAGAAAUACGUAAUAUAGUAGACGAAAUGAUGAGAAGUGAGCUGGAACUUCUACAAGCGGCUUUUGAUAGAGACAGAGCUCAUAAAGGUAAAAAAGCUAAAAAACCGCAAAAAAAGGUGCGAAGAGGAGGUAAAAAAAGUAAAAAGAAGAAGGAAAAGGAUUUAACACCAGAUAGAACUACUGAAUCCUUGUUUGAGGAAUUAGUAACUAAUGGCAUCAUCCGUCCGUACCCUUUUGUCAAAAUAGACGACUUUAUUGGAGAGAAAAGUUAUGCAGCAUCUGAAUGGCGAGGCCAAGGUCGAGAACCUUCACCGUGCUUGGGGGAUAUACGCCACCUCGUGAAAGAAUACUGUAUACUUCCAUUAGGAUCUGAAACUGUCAGAGCGAGCGCACCGAUUGUUCGAUCAGUACUAAUCACAGGACCUUCAGGAAGUGGUAAAAAAAUGUUAGUUCAUGCAAUAUGCAGUGAAGUAGGCGCUAUGCUCUUUGACUUAACCCCUGCAAACAUAGUGGGAAAAUAUCCAGGAAAGACCGGACUUAUCAUGCUUAUACAUCUCGUUAUGAAAGUAUCAAGACUCCUCCAACCAUCUGUUAUUUGGAUGGAUGAUGCUGAAAAACCUUUCGUCAAGAAAAUCCCGAAAACCGAUAAGACAGAUCCUAAAAGACUAAAAAAGGACUUGGUUAAGAUAAUGAAAGGUAUUUGUCCAGAAGAUCGUGUUUUAUUUAUAGGCACGUGUCGAACUCCUUGGGAAGCUGAACAAAAACUUUUAUUUCAAUGCUAUUCAAAAGUCAUACAAAUUCCGAGAGCUGAUUAUGGUAGUAUAUCGUUAAUGUGGCAGACGCAACUUCAUAAGGCUGGUGCUCUAUCUUCGAAACUGGAACUGUCUUGUUUGUCACGAGUGUGUGAUUCUUAUACCAUCGGUACCUUAUUAUCAGCUCUGGAUUCUGUUCUUACUACCAAGAGACGGCUGCAGUUACGUGUGCGAGCUCUCACUGCCCAAGAGGUGGCUAUUCAGCUAAGUUCCCUGGAACCUGUAUACGCUGAACAAGAUGCGGCAGCUGAGUCAUGGUGGCUCAAAACGCCCAUGGAACGAAGGCGUCAAAGAGUUUUGCAGAGGCUGUUGGAAUUAGAACAGGAAAACGAAGAAAGAGCAGCCGCUGGAAAGAGCGAGGAGGUGAAAGAACGCUUCGCUCCUUUAAGAGGCAAAAAAACGCCGCGAACCCCUUGUGAAACUUACAUCCCCUAUAAAAAAAUCUUCAAAGUGAAAAAAGGUGAACUAAGAAGACCACCGAGAUACCCACCUGAUAAUUCUCACGGAUAUUUUAAAGGAUGA